AUGACGCAUCCGUCGCAUCAAACGAACGGCGCUAGCCUGGAGGACUGCCACACGAAUUUCUUCGCACUGACGGACCUCUGCGGCAUCAAAUGGAAGAAGCUCGUGUGGGGCGAAGUAGCCGGCGAUUUCGGGGGCACCCCCCUUGAGGACCCGGUGUUGUCGAGCUUCUCGCGGUGCCUCGCGGGUGACAUUCUGUGCGUGUGGCGGCGGGUCGCCGCUACGCCGUCCACCUCCGGCCCGGCAACCGCCUCGGCAACCGGAGCUGGCAUCUACGACAUGGGCGUCGCACCCUCACCCGCACCGCCACCCCUCUCCCUUACCGCCGCCAAGGAACUCUGGAUUUUCUGGUAUGGCGAGGAACCUGAUCUCUCCGGUCUCGUGUCACCGGAACUCAUCGCGUGUGAAAGUGAACAGGGUUCUUGGGAAAGCGGAUUAUCGUAUGAGUGCCGGUCACUUCUUUUCAAGGCUCUGCACAACUUGAUAGAACGGUGCUUACUAUCUCGUGAUUUCGUUCGCCUAGGAAAGUGGUUCGUACAACCUUAUGAUGGAUUUGAGAAACAUCGUUGCAGUAGUAACCACUUGUCAUUCUCGUUUGCAUUCUUUGUUCAUGGAGAAAGCACUGUAUGUGCAAGUGUGGAUGUUAGGCAGCAUCCUGCUGUACGACAUCUUACAAGGACUUGCUUACAGCGCACCCAAACUUCCCAAACUGGUGUUAAAGUGAUCCUAGCCCCUUAUGGACUAGCAGGCACAUUAACUGGUCCAGUAGGACGUACAGAUAGUCAACUUCUCGAAGAAUGGAAACACUUUUAUCCAAUCAAUGGCAGUAACAUAGAAGCAGGACUUCCACCUCUAGUAGAAGUGCUUGUUGGUGGUGUUCGCAUGCGUUAUCCCUCUUGUUAUGUCCUGGUCACAGAUAUGGAUGACACUCCUCUUGAUACUCCUCUUUCUCCACCAAGUAGUCCUGCUAGUUGCGAACAUCCUCUCCUAAGUCAGCAGGAUACAGAAUUACCAGAACGUGUAUGGGCUGAAUGUACUUUGAGUUCACCAAUUUCUGCUUCCAAGACAGAAUCUUCCACAGAACCUGGAACUUGGACCUUUAUCGAUCCAACACAAAAGUCUUCCUGUACCUGUUCAAAGUAUGCCACCCCCGGGGGUUGGAAGAGCCUGGCCUCCUCUCAGGUUCAGAGGGAGAGAGUAGAUAAAGGUGGACGGAGGGUCGUACCGUUUCAUCGACGCUCUACCACCCAGUGGGAUGCUUGUCCCUCUGUCCCUGCUAAUGCCCCCAGGUCUGUAUUGAACAGAACAGAAGCGCCAAGUACACCACCAGGUGGACCUCCUUCUUACUCAAGAGGACCACCAACAGGAGGAGAUUGUCUACCAGUUCCAUCUGUUGGCUCACCAGGAUCUCCUGCACCUUCACCUCUUCCAACACCACAUUCCGAACCAGCAUCGGUUCCACCAGCAGAGCCUACAAUGCCUACUCUUAGCCCUCAACCACCACCCAGUCAUACAAACACUGCCCCACCACUAACACCUUCUCAAGGCCCAAAAUCAACUUCCUCUGCAUGUAAUAAUCAAGUGCAUAGUCCAGCUCCUGGACCAACAUUAAAACGACCAGUCUUAGCCUCUAGAGAAUGUGAGGAUAUAUAUUUAGAAAACGAACAGUCAUUACCUUGGCUCUAUGAUUAUUCAACACAAGAAGCAUGGCUCAAUCACCCUGUAAAACGUUUUAAGGAAUCUAAUACCAGUCCAGUCAAUGUGCGGAGCAAUACUUUGUAUCCACCAAUGAAUUCUCAAAUUCCUCAAUCUCAAACACCCAAAUUAGAAAUUAAACAAGAACCAAAUGUCAAUGUUGGAGAUUGCAUUGCAAGAAGAACAGAUCCAUAUGAGUUUGAUGCAACAGGUGAAGAAAAUGGUACAGGCGUUGAUGGACUUAGACGACAAAGAGAUGAUCCUUCUAAACCAGGAUCUUUAUUCACUAGCGAAGGUCUUCAAGCAUCCUAUAAAGAUUUAGAUCAAAUCUUUGACAAUUCUGAUCCUGACACUUCUAGCGAUGAAACUAAUUUAAACCAGCUUCAAGUACAAACUCCACCAGAGUCAAAUAGGUCUGGUGGGCUGCAUGAAGAAACGAGAGUAGACGCAAAUAACAGACAUAAUAAUCGGGGAGUAGGUGUAUUACGACCAGAAGAGCUUUCCAAAAUGUUUCCAACACCGCCAUCUUUAGAGCAUAAUCCUGUUGCGUCGCCUUGUCAGUUAAACGACCCUUUAAUGGACCAGACGGAACUUUCUGUACCUCAACGACCACUUAGGCAUCUCCCUGACAUCUAUCCAAACAUGGGAUCUCCUCAAGAAGAGCCAAUUGAUGAUUGGUCUUACGUGUUCAAACCUACGUCCAUCUGUAAGAUGGUUGGUUCUUCCAAAUAUGCUCCUCUCACAAAUCUACCCAGUCAAUCUUUACCACCUGUUACACUGCCAUCGCACUGCAUAUAUAGACCUUCUUGGCAGUGCAACCCUACUUCCAAUAAUUCAGAUAAACCACUUCCACCAACUAGACCUGGUUCGGUGCAACAACAACCCUGCCCUCCGAGCCCAGCGCCAUUAGGAGCACCAUAUCGUUCAACAACUAUCUCCGGAAGGCCACCGCCACCGCCGUAUGAUCAACCGAGCCCAGCCACAUCUACCACUUCUUCUUAUCUGAAUAAAAAUUUGAAUAGCAUUGAAGCUGAUACACCAGGCCCCACUCGUGCACCAGAAUCGAACUCUCUCAUAGUGAAUAUCCUCUUAGGUGACACUGUGCUUAAUAUUUUCCGCGAUCACAAUUUCGACAGUUGCAGUCUUUGUGUAUGCAAUGCAGGUCCAAAGGUAGUUGGUAAUAUUAAAGGCGCAGAUGCUGGUGUAUAUCUUACACAUUCGUGGUCAGGCGGGGCUUUAUUCCAAGAUGAUGAUCAGAUUAGAUGCAGUUGCGGUUUUAGUGCAAUUGUAAAUCGACGGUUAGCUCACCAAGCUGGUCUGUUCUACGAAGAUGAAAUGGAAAUCACUGGAAUUGCAGAAGAUCCAGCAGAAAAAAAGAAAACAUCUUUGGUCGCUGUAGCUUGUGCAGGAGGUAAACCAUCGGAAGGUUUAGACGUGAUACCACCUAAUGUGUUAGAAUUGCUCAGAGAACAGUGCCUGAUCAUACAGAGCUCUGCAAGUAGUCUUUAUAGAGCAUCCAGGAUUUAUGCUGCAAUGAAAAGUUACCCAAUGCUCGCACCUACUGUGAAUAUGUUGGAGUUUAAUGAUGGAAACGAAGUGUCGCUAGCGGCUCUUGAUCAGGGUAAAAUUAAUGGUACGCACAAUGAAAGGACUAAUCGUGUAAUUGGAGUGCAUCGAUGGGUGUUUCUUAGAGCAAAAGGUCCUCAGUGCAGUGGUGAUAUUGUGCGAAUGAUGAGAGCUUUACAACCGCUUUUGCAAGAUGCAGUGCAAAAAAAAUGUACUACUAGAAUGUGGGAAGCACCAUAUACUGUCGCAGGUCCUUUAACCUGGAGACAAUUCCAUCGUUUAGCUGGUCGUGGAACUGAUGAUCGUUGUGAACCUCAACCAAUACCUGCAUUAGUUGUCGGAUAUGACCGAGAUUGGUUAUCUUUAUCACCUUAUGCUUUAAGCUACUGGGAAAAACUACUCUUAGAGCCAUAUGCGGGACCGAGAGAUGUUGCCUAUGUGGUGGUAGCACCUGAUAGUGAUUGUGUUAUUAAUAAAGUGAAAUCAUUUUUCCGUGAAUUAUCAACUACUUAUGAAAUUUGCCGACUAGGAAGGCAUACACCCAUUUCAAAAGCAUUACGCGAUGGUAUACUUCGCGUAGGAAAAUUGUCUGUACAGAAACAAGCCAAACAACCAGUAGAUGAUUGGUUUAAGCUUUUAGGAGAAAAUCAAUUAGGAGAAUUGUUGCGAUUAUAUGCGCAAGUCUGUAAUCAUCGAUUAGCUCCAUAUCUAACACAGGUUAUUCAAGAUCGAAGUUUGUUAGAUCCCGGAGACGCGCAAUCAACCAAUAAGCAACAACAACAACAGCCACAAACGACUAUUGCUGUUACUGAUGCAAUGCCAGCCACACCUGAUGUAAUGACAAACAAACCUGAAUCCGUUGAAGGAGAGAAUCCUAGAAGUGAAACUCCAUCAUCGAAUACAACAACAAAUGCUAAUUCUAAUACUGGUAAUACAACGCCAACUUCACAAACUGCCACGAUACACACUAAUACCACAUCGGGUCCAGAUGAAGAAGAAGUCGAACCUCCCGCUAUAGUCGUUUACUUAGUAGAACCUUUCUCAUUGGGAGGUCCUGAAGAUCCUGAUCGUCGAAGACUUGCUAUUUUAGCUCUGUUGCGUGCAUAUUCAACAGCAGUUAAUAGCAUGCCUGAAAACAUUAGAUCCAAUAUCAAUGUUCAGAUAAUAUCCUUGGAAAGCAUAAUGGAGUUAGGAAGAGCUAGAGAAAGGCGCAAGAUACAAGAUGAAAUGAGAGCUUUGGCACUAAACGUGUUUCUGCAGGGUCGCCGAUUAUUAAAUCAUAACUCCACGGUAAAAAGUCUCACUGGCUUUGGUACCGCUGCCGCAGCAGAUAUUUUUCUUAAGAGUAAAGAUGAACGAAACAGAGCCCCGUACCGGUUGUACUCACCAGCCUACGUCCUUGCCCCUUUAAGGGCAAAAAGUGAAGCACCAGAGUCCUUUGGUAUUGCUGGACCAGAAGAGUGUACAGUUUUAUAUCUGAGCUACUGCCUUAGUGAAGAUCAGUCUUGGCUAUUUGCGGUUGCAACUGAUGAUAGAGGUGAAAUAUUUGAAACGGCUACUAUCAACAUCGAUAUACCCAAUAGGAAAAGAAGAAAACGCGCUUCAGCCAGACGAAUUGGAUUACAGAAAUUGAUGGAUUUCAUACUUGGUGUAAUGUCGCAAGGUGUACAACCUUGA